CGUACCGGGCCUUAUAACUCAAAUCGUUUCUUAAGGAGUAAACUCCAAAAAGUAGCUGGCAAGUGGCAACGUUUUUCGUUACUACUUAUCUGUGGCUGUCAUGGCGGCUUGUUAGUGGAGAUACGCAUUUAUAAAAUAUUACAAAAUACAAUAUAGCGCAGUGCACAAAGCUCAGUAACCUGAAGACUGAUACCGGCUAAAGUGAAUCUGAAUGCUGACCUAAUCUCGGUAAACUAGUGCGUCAAAUACAGAUAUAGCACUUAACUGUAGUGAGUUAUAUUACGUAUCAGGAUUAAUUUUCAUCAAUUUAUUAUUUUGCUUAACAAAACAUGGAUUUUAGCGAUAAAGUCGUACUAAUUACUGGAGCCAGUUCCGGGCUAGGUGCUGCAAUUGCUAUUCAUCUAUCGAAAUUAUCCGCUAAGUUAGUGCUAGUUGGAAGAAAAGAGAUCAAUUUAAAAAAGAUUGCACUAUACUGUGAAAACGCAAAAGGAAUAAAAUCACAUACUAUUAUAGCUGAUGUAUCAGAUGAAGGGGCUUUGGAAAGAAUCUUAAAUGAAACAAUUGAGGAAUUCGGCAAAUUAGAUGUCUUAGUGAACAAUGCAGGAGUUUUAGCCAUGGGAGGAAUUAAGAAAACAGACAUGGAAAGUUUUGACAGAGUUAUGUCUAUCAACACUCGUGCUGUGUUUCAGCUGACUAUGCUGGCUACACCGCAUUUAAUUGCAAGUAAAGGAUGCAUUAUUAACAUGUCUAGUAUUGUAAGUACCAGGCCGAAUACAAUGAUGCUUGCAUACAAUAUGUCUAAGGCAGCCAUAGAUCAAUUCACAAAAUGUGUUGCUUUAGAAUUAGCACCAUAUGGGGUAAGGGUUAACUCUGUUAACCCUGGCUUUGUUAAGACAAAUAUUAUAAAAGAUAGUGGUCUGACAGAUGAUCAAAUAGACAUGUAUGCUAAGAACAUGGCACAGAGUAACCCACUGAAAAAACUAGUUGAGGCUAAUGAAGUAGCAGCAUUAGUGGCUUUUCUUGCCAGUGAUCAAGCUAAGAGCAUCACAGGCUCUUGUUAUCCAAUAGAUGGUGGCAAACUGUUAGUGUAGAAAUGUUUAGUCCACUUUAUAGUGACAUAUAUUAUCAUGUAGUCAUAUUAAUGGAAAUUAAAUAAUAUAUUUAAUCUUUAGUAACAUUAGUAUUAUAUUCUUAAAGGACAGUUAAACCUACAAUACAUAGAAUUGUUUUAUUUAAAUAUGUAAAAAAAUAUACAUAUAUUUGUUUA